UCCUUCCCGGGCAGAGACGAAGCUGCGGAACUCGGAACUCUGACCUUACUUUGUCCUGAGGAUUCUUUUACGGAAUUCUCGUGGAUCCGGCCCACGCCAAACACUCAAUAAACAUCAGUGCCGCUGUUGUAUCCGGGCAGCCGCCAUAGCCAUGCAGGAGGGCAGUGGCCAUCGCACACAGCCCAUGAGACAGCAUCCUAUGAAUAGAUGGGAUGUGCGGGUUACCGUGCAGACGUGGCCAAGUCCAAGAACCACACCGCACACAACCAGUCCCGCCAAAGGCAAAGAAAUGGCAUCAAGAAGCCCCAGUCGCAAAGAUUCGAAUCUCUUAAGGGGGCUGACCACCGAGUUCCCGAGAACUUGGCGCUUCGCCAAAAAGUACAAGAAAAGCCCGAAGAAGAUGCGGGCCAAGAAUCUAAAGGCAGUGAGUGCAUGCGCAGAAGCCAUCAAGGCCCUUGUGAAGCCCCAGGCCAUCAAGCCCAAGAUGCCAAAGGGCCCCAGCUUACCGAAGACUCAGCCGGCAGCCCCGUCCGAGCGGAGGUCGGCUCUGAUUGGCUCCUUUGAACGUCUACGUGCCAUCGGAUUGGCGGAUCCCGGGAUCUUUACCGCGGCGAGUUUGAAACUGCUGGCACUCGGCCUCUAA